GCGCGUUAGACAUAGAUAUAGUCACGUGAUCAUCCAAGUCCUCGAUGAACUCUUUCUGCGUCUCGUCCUCAUGAAUAGUCGGAGAGCUAUCAGAGAAGGCUACCUCAUCAAGUCACCACCAAAGGAAUCUUCCCUUUUUUCGAAAUGGCAGCGACGAUAUUGUAUAUUAUCACAAGCGGGUGGGCAAGUGACGUUGCGCUAUUUCAAGGACGCGACUAGUCUGAAAGAAAAAGGCUUGAUCAAAGGCAGUGAAUGUCUCGAUGUCUCCAGAGUUCAAGGUCACGACAAGUACAAUCAUCUCGUGUCACUAACAACAACAAAGCGUCGCUACUUGUUCGCAGCGAGCACAAGGGCUGAGAUGGAUGCAUGGGUCGAAGAUCUGAGCAAGUCAUUCUCUCGAACGGCGCACAACAUCGAAGUUCGCUGGGAGUACGAAACUGCCGACGGUUACUGGUACGAAUACGAACCAGACGAGCACGAGAAGAUCGAACAUUUAUACCAAGAGAAUGUCAAGACGUUUGAAAUGAAGAAGAUGGGCAGUUCAGUGGAAACAUUGGUUGUUAUUAGUCUGGAAGACAUGACAGAGAGAGACAAGACGAGAGGAUUUGUGAGGAAAAUGCGUCGACGGUUGAAAAAGAUAAUGGCAUCGAAAGACAGUUUAGUGAUGAAGACUAGCAAUUAUGUUUGGGGUUGGCUGUCUGAUAAUGGCGAGUGGCUGCCGUACUCUCGAUGUGAAAGCAGUCGUAUUGAGCUCAUGUACAAAGCACAGGCUCCCAUAUUCUCUCUCGAUGUUGUCACACAAGGAUAUGUUAAGGAGAGUGUACUUAUUAACUUUGCAAACUGCGAACAGAUUAAUCCAGUUACUGGAAAACGAUGUGGGAUGCAGAGACGAAAGAAAGAUCCUUUACUUGAGACUAAGGAAUCUGAAGAUGAUGAUAAAAAGAUGCAAUUGCAUAUUGCUCGGCUGCCCUCGAACCCUAAUCUGUACUCAGACCGCCUGCAAUCACCGAGAAACUCGCGUACGAUGUCGAUGGAGUUGAGCAAAUUUUCUAUCAAUCACGACGAUGUAGAGCUACUGGAGGAACUAGGACAAGGCGCAUUCGGAGAGGUUUUUAAGGCUGUAGCCCGGCAUGUUCCUGGUCACAGUGAUCCUAUUGUUGUGGCAGUGAAGGUUUUGAAAGGUGAGAUUAGCGAACGUAGUUAUGUGCAAGUGGAGGAGUUUUUGAAGGAGGCGUUGGUCAUGGCGAAGUUUGAUCAUCCGAAUGUGAUUGGUCUAGUCGCUGUGUGCAUCAGUGAAGAGCCCGUCAUGUUGUUGUCCAACUACAUGAAUUGUGGAGACCUCCUAAACUUCAUGCGACGAAGGGGGACCGAAUUGUCAACAGAAGUCAAGUUGUCUCUUGCCAAACAAGUAGCAGAGGGAAUGCACUACCUUGCAGCAGAAAAGAACUUUGUACAUCGUGAUCUUGCCGCAAGAAACGUUCUGGUUAAUGAAGAAGAAGGUGGUGAAUUGAUUGCAAAGAUAACCGACUUUGGUCUUUCACGCGACUUGUAUUCGUCAGAAGUGUAUCAAAUUCAUUUCGAUCCUCACAAGGAAGUUCGACUGCCAGCAAAGUGGAUGGCAAUAGAAUCACUGGAAACAUUUGUAUUUACGACAAAAACGGAUGUUUGGGGCUAUGGUAUAGUUGUAUGGGAGAUUUUCUCUGAUGGAUUGUUGCCAUAUCCUCAUAUUCAGAACAGACACAUGCUACACGAAUUACGACGUGGAACAAGACUAGAAUGUUCUGACGGGUGUCCUCCUGAAGUACAUCGUAUCAUAUCGGAGUGUUGGAGGGAAUGUGCAGAAGAUCGACCCGAUUUUAGCUGGCUUAUCUCUCAGAUGACUGCACUGGCCGGAGACUUGGACACAGACGGUUACGAGAACGUCGACUCUGAGUUGCAAAACGAAUUGACUCAAAAACUGAGGUCUAAAACUUACGAGAACAUUGAUGAUACGGCUUCAGGCUUGCCAUCAGGUUCAGAAGUAAAACGAUCCACAUCCGUUGGUGACAUUGUAGCCAACAUCUCACCAAAGAAAGCACUCACUUCUAAGCCUCCGAUCACUAAACCAAAGCCAGCAUUGCGAACCAAACGCGGUACGUCUGGUUGUGCUGUUCCUAACGUCGAAACAUCACGAGGACAUCACACAUUGCCGGCUCAGCGUUCGAAAUUAAGGCAGUCGUCAACUGAUCCUGACCUUUUGGUUCGGUCUGCAUCCACAGAAGAAUAUGUAGAUGUUGAACUCACAAAGUCUAGUGCCAUAGAAGUAUUUUUACGGGAUAAAUCUUUAUCGCCGUCACGACUGCCGCCAGUACCACCACACAAGCCGCUUGGUUUAACGACUUUACCUGACAAAAAGGACGAAGUAGAGAAGGAUUCUGUUAUUGACAUUUCGGUUCGGUCUGCAUCCACAGAACACUAUGUAGAUGUUGAAGUCACAAAGUCUAGUGCCAUAGAAGUAUUUGAACCGGAUAAACCUUUAUCGCCGUCACAAGCGCCACCAGUACCACCACACAAGCAGCUUGGUUUAACAACUGUCCCUGAGAAUAAGGACGAGGUAGACAAGGAUUCUCCUCAUCGUUUUACUUCUCCGGUCAGUCCCUCUGUGCCUCGUCGACGACCAUGGACGAUUAAUCGUCCGAUGUUGGAAGAUCUAACUAGCGGUGACGACAUUGACAGACUGUCAGUAAUGCAGUUGAAGAGCGUACUGAAGCAGCUUGGUGCAGAUGAGAGAGGAAGUGAAGGGGAGCUUCGUUCUAGAGUAUCAAUGCUGUUGGUGGAGGCUCACCAAACUAGCGCAGAAGGUCUGUAUCAUGUUACGACUGUCGACACUCAAGCAUUAGAAACAGUUGAAGACGAGAAAGACAUCACGACAAUGUCGAUCAUGCAGCUGCACCAGAUUUUACACAAACAUCACAUCGUAUUCGAUCCUAGAAGCGAGCACCAAUCCCUAGCUGAUCGUGUAAUACAAUUGUGGCACAAAAUCCGGACUUGAGCAGCAGGAACUGACCGGAGCCACAAUAGUCUUCUUAAGUACAUCUUCACGUCAUGAGGUAUACUGCAUGCAGUCAUCAGAUAAUAGACUAGUGUAAUGGUAAUGAGAGCAGAGGCGAGUCUCUGGUUGAGCUGAGAGAUUGAAUGUUAAGUUGUGGAGUAAACUAAGGUUCAAAGUGGACUGAUUAUUUUAUAGAUAUUGUUUCUAGUUGGUAGCUUGCUGUCGUGCUUGUAUAGCCACCGGCGAUGUGUGAUUUUGUACUUCGAACGUUUGUAUAUGAACAGAGUAAUAAGAGAGAUGUGUUGAUAGUAUGGAAUGGUUUG